UUUUUUUUUCCUUUUUGUGUUUUGUUUGUUUGUUUUUCUAUUCAAUUUUGCGCACUUUUUUUUUUUUUUUUUUUUUAACUACCGCCUUCGCUUUGCUUCCAAUUCGCUCGUCUCGUCUCGUCUCGUCUCGUCUCGACUCAGCCAUGUUCCAGCCGCUGAGCCCCAGUCCAUCCGCGCUGUCCACCAGCGGCACGCCGACCGGCAGCGCGGACGAGGCCAUGUCCAAGCGCCAGCGCAAGGUCAAAUUGGCCAAACUCCAGGCAAUGCUCGGCGAUCCGCUCUCCGAACGAGACCUCAAAUCGCAAAACCUCCUCCAGUCGCCGUCGCUGGGGAGCUCGGCCACUGCGUCGGACGCGUCGUCGGUGGCGAUUUUGUCUUCGCGCUUCCGCGACUCGCUCGAGCGGCUCUCUGUGCUGUUUGAAGACCAGAAUGCGGUCGAGGCGCUGCUUGCGAACGUCAUUGGCUUUGAUACGGACGACAACGACGAUGACGACGCCAACGACGACGACGACGACGACAAUGACGACGAGAGUGACGACGAAGGCGCACCGCCACAGUCCCGCAGCACCCGCUCCAAAUCGCGCGCCAAGAAGCUCGAAGCUCGUCUCGCCAGACGCCGCAAGCUGCGAAAGCUGCACCACUUUUUCGGAGACCGGCCGACCCGCGAUCUGCUGUUUGAGCAGCACAUUUUCAGAAACCUCGAGCAGGAGAUCACAGACGUGUUUGCCGCUGGACCCGAGGGCGAUCAGCUGCGAGGCGUGCUCAACAAGCUCCGGGAGCGCUUCAGAACCAAGAGCCAAGAGGAACAGGAUGCGCUGAAUCGCAUGCAGGCACUGGCGCCCCCGACCAUCAACGUCCCGGUGGGCACCAUGACCUUGACGAAAAAGCAACGCACUGCCAAGCUGAGCAAGUUGACUCAAGUGUUGGGUGCUCCGCUCUCGCUGGAGCAGCUUCUCGGCCAAUCUCUCUUUGACGAUGGCACCUCGCCCCAGCCAGAAGAAGGGGUGGAUUCCGAGGAAGCAAUCGCCACCAACCCCGACGUGCUCAUGCACUCCAUUUCCAAACUAAAGACGAUUGUAGGCGACGAAGAGGCCAUGCAAGACGUUCUCUCUCAGAUCGUGGACGACCAAGAGCCUCCCAAUCCGAAGGAAACACGUCAGCACCGCAUGAAAAAGCUGCACAACUUCUUUGGAGACGCCCCGGCGCGACACUUGCUGUUUGAGCAGCAAAUUCUGCAGUCGCUCGAAGACGUCAUUGCUGAAGAGCCGCCGGCACAGCAGGCCGCCUUGCGAAGCCAGCUCUCCGACCUGCGUGCAAGCUUCUCGGCGUACAAGCGCCAGUCUCUUGCUAAGGCUGUGGCAACACAAGGGGCCGCGCCCGUCCCGUCGACCGGCACCGCACCCAACCCGCUGACCAAGCAGCAGCGCAUCAAAAAGCUGGUCAAGCUGCAGCAGAUUCUUGGCGCAGAACUACCGGCCUCGGAAGAAUCCUCGCAGCUCAUGCUGCCAAAGAUGGGCGAUCGCCGGGAGAGCAUUGCAAGUGUCGCGUCGACGACAUCUUCCUCGUCCGGCUCGAACGCUGUGGGGCUCCACUUGCGUCGUCUGAGCCGCAUUGUCGACGACCAGGACGCUGUUGAAGGCUUGCUGGCGUCCGUGCUCGGAAUUCUCGACCAGAAUGAGCAGCUCAACAAGGAGUUGCGCAAGAAACGGCUGCGCAAACUGCACCACUUUUUCGGUGACCGCCCACAGCGCGAUUUGCUGUUUGAGCAUCUCGUCUUUGAACAGGUCGAGCUCGAAAUCGAAACCGAGGGCCCCGACUCUGAGCGCAAGGCCCACGCGGAAGAACUGGAGCGCUUGCGCCGUCGCUUCAAGGAACAAAGCGAGCGCGAUCUCAAGCAGCUGGGCUAUCGUCCUCACACUCGCACGGAGACCAAGGUUGUGCUGGCCACUGGUGGCGUGGGUCAGUCCGCCUACCAGACCCUGAGCAAGAAGCAGCGUGUUCGCAAGCUCACCAAGCUCCAAGAGUUGCUUGGUGAAACAUUGCCUGUUGAGGAGCAGAUGAAUCAGUCCAUUGUUACACCAACCGCUCGUCCUGCCUCGGGCGCGCAUACCAUUGCUUCGAAUCGCGAAAAGCUCAAGCAAUCUGUCAAGCAAAUCUCGUCCAUUCUGCAAGACGACCCGACUGCCCUGCACUCUGUGCUGGAAACGCUGCAAAGCUCUGGCACCGACACCGAGUCCGAAGACCUGGACGCCGACGCGACUCCGCAAGAAAAGGAGCUGCGACGAAAGCGCUUGCGAAAGCUGCAAAGUUUCUUUGGCGAUCGCCCGUCGGAGAAUAUUUUGCUGGAGCAGCAAGUCAUUCAACGGCUGGAGGCACGCGUCAACGCCGAAUUGGACGCAGCCGCACGCGCGGAACUGGAGGCUGACCUGGACGUGAUGCGUCGCAGCUUGACUGCCAGUCGAACCGACAUUCCCAACGUGGCUCUUACCUCUGGUCUGAUGUCUGGUGGCACCAAGGCCUCAAGCGCGCUUGCAAUCAAUCCUGCUGAAUACGAUCCUGACGAAGCCACCAACACUGCGGCCCUGCUGGCGCAGAAGGACGACGACGACAAGACGAACAAGUUACUCGACGUUGCGCAUCACUCGUCGAGCGAGCGGUUUGCCAAGCAGUCCAUGCAAGGCUAUCGCAUUCUUGGCUUUGUCAGUGGCAAAGAGGACCCAGCGCCGGCAACCACAUCCAUCACAAAGCUUCCUUCGUUCAUGACGGUGGGCGACAGCGCCAACCGCUCGGCAAUCCGUCGCAUUGACGAGCGAUUCGGGGACUCGUCUCCGCUUGCGAUCGAAGGGCGUGUUUUGCUGCACGAAGGCGCGCUCACUGUCAUUGACGAGAAGGGCAAUCGCAAGAAGCGCGAAUUCUUCUUGUUCAACGAUGUGCUCGUGUAUGGCAAAAAGAAACUGAGCCGACUUGGCAGCAAGCAUGUGAUGCCGCUCGACAACCUCGGUGUCAUUUCGGUUGCCGAUGAUGUUUCCACGGAUGUCAAGAACGUCUUCCACAUUGUGCUGAUGAGCGCGCCCGAGCGCUUGACUGUGUGCACCGAGUCUGUUGCUGAAAAGCAGAUGUGGAUUGACCAGAUCACGACUGCCGUCACGCACGCAGUGAUUUCGUGGCACGGUGAGCUCAAGGAUGUCGACGCCGGCCAAAUCUGGACCCCGCAGUGGAUGCCAGAGACGGAUGUCCGACUGUGCUCCCUCUGCCUGCAAACUCGCUUUUCAAUGCUCCACCGCAAGCACCACUGCUCCGUGUGUGGUCUGGUUGUGUGUAGCAGCUGCUCUCCCCAUCUCGCACCGGUCGCGCGCACCACCGCAAUCGGAGCUGCAAUUCUGCGCUCGCGAAACCAGAAACGCUCCUCGCCUGCUGCCAACAGCCCUGACGAUCUGAGCAACAGCUCGAGCACGCUAUAUGGUAGCAACUCGAAUCUGGAGCGCAGCAGCACACUUGGUUCGCAAAGCGCGCUUUCUUCCGAUGACUCUGAUAACGUUUACGUGCGGGUUUGCAGCUCGUGCACGGAGAAGGGAGUCAGUCUGAUUGCGAACUCGGCCAAGCUGGCAGAGUGGAACUGCGAUCUCGCUGUCUUUGAGCGGGAGCUGGCCAAAACGCGCAACCUUCAUGCGCACAAUCCUCCGAACGCGCCAAACAAUGCUGCGCUUCUGGAUAUGGUCGACGUUCUCACGCGCAAAGUCAUCCACUACUUGUCCAACAUUGCGCGGUUUGAGUACAUUCUCGAAAUCCGGUCGCGCAAGCGUCUCAAUGCCGGCAAGAAAGCACCCCGCGCCAAGCUGCUUUACGACACUGUCCAGCUGAGUCUGCGCAACUCCAAUCCCGAGUCGGACAUUUAACUGACAAGGAUGGCUCUGUUUUGACUCUGCAUUGGCUCUACCUUUUGGUGGCGGCGGGGUUUUUUUUUUUUGGGGGGGGGGGUUGUCGUUUAUGAAUGCGAAUGUGCGUGUGGAUGUGUGUGAGUGCGGGGUGUGUUUGUUUCUUCAGACCUCCAGUGCGCUGGAACCAGUGUGCCUGUGUCUUGCUUUGUGCGUGUGUCGUUGAUGGUGCUUCCGCUGUGAACUGUUCUGCAAUCCAAAGCUUCGAU